ACUGCAGUGUUUGCGGACAUCCGACACACACAGUAAACACAGAAAGAGGCCACACCAUCAUGUCCGCAAAACAGAAGCUCACGCGGUCUCUGCGACUGAUCCUACCGCUGCUACUGCCGUGGGGAGCGGGGCAUCGGUGUGCUGCAGUCCGUCCGUUGCUCGUGUUCCUUAUCGAUGGCUUCCGUUAUGACUACAUGGAUGACUUGCACGCGCUGCCCGGAUUUCGAGAGCUUGUGGGCAAUGGGGUGAAGGUGGACUACAUGACGCCGGACUUCCCAAGUUUAUCAUAUCCAAACUACUAUUCAUUAAUGACAGGCCGUCACUGUAAUGUUCAUCAAAUGACCGGAAACUACAUGUGGGAUGCAGUCUCCGAGAAGGAGUUUCUGAUUGGGACAAAUUCUGACAGCCGGCUGCCGCUUUGGUGGGAUGGAUCAGAGCCAUUAUGGGUCACCCUGCAGAAGCUUGGAAAGAAUGUUUUCAUGUACUACUGGCCUGGCUGCGAGGUAGAGAUCCUGGGUGUUCGCCCAUCUCUCUGCGAAGAAUAUGUCUACAACCCGUCGGAGAUAAACCUCACAGACUCAAUAGUGAAUGCUCUCACUGUCCUGAGGUCAGGCCAAGCAGACAUGGCAGCUAUAUAUUAUGAGAAAAUAGAUGUGGAGGGCCAUCACUUCGGUCCAGAUUCUAAGCAGGUCAGAACAGCUGUGCAACAACUGGAUCUUGCCAUGCAGACACUUAUCAGCAAAAUCAAUGAGAAGGACAUGGUGAACCAGCUGAACAUUAUGCUGUUUUCUGACCAUGGAAUGACAAAGAUCCAGUGGUCGGAGAAGGUCAUAGAGCUUGAUAAGUGUAUCAACAUGUCGGACAUUGUCAAGAUGAUGGACAGAGGACCAGUGGUCAGUCUCUGGCCCAAACAUAACAAAUAUCAUGAGGUGUAUGCUGCACUUUCUCGGGUCCCCAACAUGCAUGUCUAUGCAAGACAGGAGAUCCCUGAACGUUUUAAUUACAAAGGAGGAAAGUUUGUUCCACCCCUGACGCUGGUGGCUGAGCCUGGCUGGUUUAUCAUUGAGAACAAUAACAAACUUCCAUACUGGAAAAACAACUCAGGGGAGCCGUCAGCUUGGCAAAAUGGUUGGCAUGGUUACGACAACGAGUUGCGUGAUAUGAGUGGCGUUUUCUUGGCAACAGGACCUGAUUUCAAGCGUAAUGUUCAGGCAGCUCCAAUUCGAGCAGUGGACAUCUACAAUGUGAUGUGCUGGACAUUGGGAGUGGAGCCUUUACCCAAUAAUGGGUCCUGGUCUCGUGUAGAGAACCUUCUGAAUGGCUCUAAUGGUCCACCCCAGCCCAGUGCCCUCUGGAUAUGCUGUAUGGGUUUGAUACUGCUGGCAUUGUGCGGUGACGACAGUUAUCAGUUCCACAGUUAUAUCUGACGAUUUUGAACAUUAAACCAUGUACAGGGGAAAACUUCUGAAAUGUAAAGAAAUGAUUUGAUGCUGUAUUCCUCAUAUUUUGCUCUCCUUCUCAAGAGCUAAUAAAUGUUUAAGGCACAACA